AUGCGAGAAGUGCGAGCAGUGGCAGCGGGCGCUGGCGCUGUUGGGCGAGAUGCGGGAGGCGAAGUUGGAGCCAACCGUCAUUUAGCUACAGUGCUGGGAUCAGCGCGUGUGGGAAGAGCCAGCAGUGGCAGCGGGCACUGGCGCUGCACCGCGUCAUGUGGGAGGCGAAGGUGGAGCCCGACUCAGCUACGCCGCUGGGAUCAGCGCGUGCGAGAAGGGCGAGCAGUGGCAGCGGGCUCUGGUGCUGCUGAGCGAGAUGUGGGAGGCGAAGUUCGAGCCCAACGCCAUUUCUCCUACAACGCCGGCAUCAGCGCGUGCGAGAAGGGCUGCCAGUGGCAGCGGGCGCUGGCGCUGCUGAGGGAGAUGCGGGAGGCGGGGGUGGAGCCCGACGUCGUCAGCCUUGGCGCCGGGGUCAGCGCGUGCGAGAAGGGCGGGCAGUGGCAGCGGGCGCUGGCGCUGCUCCGCGAGGCGCGGGAGGCGACGUUGGAGCCCAACGUCAUCAGCUGCAGCGCCGGAAUCAGCGCUUGCGAGAAGGCCAAGCAGUGGCAGCGGGCGCUGGCGCUGCUGAGCGAGAUGCUGGAGGAAGUUCUGGAGCCCAACGCCAUCAGCUACAGCGCCGGGAUAAGCGCAUGCGAGAAGGGCGGGCAGUGGCAGCGGGCUCUGGCGCUGCUGAGCGAGUUGUGGAAGGCGAGGCCGGAUCCUACUGCCACCAGCUACAACGCUGGAAUCAGCGCGUGCGAGAAAGGUGAGCAGUGGCAAGGGGCCCUGGCGCUGCUGAGAGAGAUGUGGGAGGUGAAGCUGCAGCCCGACGUCAUAAGCUACAGCGCCGGGAUCAGCGCCUGCGAAAAGGGUGAGCAGUGGCAUCGGGCUCUGGCUCUGCUGAGCGAGAUGUGGGAGGCAAAGCUGAAACGCGACGUCAUAAGCUAUAGUGCUGGGAUCAGCGCCUGCGAGAAGGGCGAGCAAUGGCAGCGGGCGUUGGCGCUGCUCAGCGAGAUGUGGGAGGCGAAUGUGGAGCCCAAUAUCAUCAGCUACAGCGCUGGGAUUAGGGCUUGCGAUAGGGUCGGACAAGGGCAACGAGCGAUUUGGUUGCUCACUGCAACGCGGGACGCGAAGCUCGAAUCCAACGUCGCGAGCUUUAGUGAUACACUCAUUAUUGCGAUGCGAAGGUAA